GAGGCGGCUCCGAGUGGCGCGUCGCCGCCGAGGGCCGGGGUGGCGGCCAUGGAGGCCCCGGAGCCGCCGAGCGAGCUGGUGUCCGAGGAGGGCCGGAACCGGAAGGCGGUGCUGUGCCGGCGCUGCGGCUCCCGCGUGCUGCAGCCGGGCACGGCGCUCUUCUCCCGCCGCCAGCUCUUCCUCCCGUCCAUGAGGAAGAAGCCGGCACUGGCCAGCGGCGGUGGUCCGGAGGGCGACCUCCUGCAGGAGCACUGGCUGGUGGAGGACAUGUUCACUUUCGAGAACGUGGGCUUCACCAAGGACGUGGGCAACAUCAAGUUCCUGGUCUGUGCAGACUGCGAGGUGGGCCCCAUUGGCUGGCACUGCCUGGAUGACAAGGACAGUUUCUACGUGGCUUUGGACCGGGUUUCCCAUGAGUGAUGGGGGGACGCGGCUCCCCCCGACUAUUAAAGCUUUCCCCGGGGACCGCCCUGUCGCCUGCUCUGCACUGCCGUCCAUCGUGAGUGCCACCCGCCCGUCCAGCCCAGGCCCCCGCGCAGGCACUCCCUUAGGGCCCCAAGCGUCGCGGCCUCUCCCCCGCUCCGCUUUCCUGGCUGGGACACGGUGCUCCUGCAGAUCUCCCCUCCCGGCCUCCCUGCGCCAGGCUCCCUGUCUCCACUCAGGAGUUAGCCACAGUUCGCCCUGAGGACACGUGACCUGGGGCACUCAACAACGGUGCUGACCGCUAAAACCUGCCUUUUGGUCUCCUUCAGGAAAGCGCGCAAGCACCUCAGAGCGACUUGUGUGGCUGACUCUGUCUGCAGUAAUUUAUUCUCUAAGCGUAAAGCAUUUCCAGACUGCAGUAUUCCAGCCACCCCUCAGAAAUACCUUAUUUUGGACACACAUCUGAGACCGCCACGGGGGCCUCUCCUCCGGGCUGAUGGAGACUUUAUUGUGCAGGCGGACGUGGCCCCCCCUUCCCCUCACAUCCUAUUGUGGUUUCUCUCUGGGUCAGCUCCUCACUGCUGUCAGCAAGCUGCAAAUCAGGUGUGUUCUCCUGUCUGUUAGCAGCCACCCCUAGGAGACCCCAGCCCUGGUUGUGCACCCCGCGUCUCCUGGGACGAGUGGAGAGGUUGGGGGGCUGGGGGUGGUCUGUGCCAGGCGAGGCUUUCUGUAUGUCCUUCCUGGGCUCGUCACCCUUCCUCGGCACCUGGGAGAGACGACACAGUCCGCACAGAGCUGGCUCAGCAGGACUCUCCAGGGUCCAGACCUCCGUCCAGUGCCUCUCGUCGUGGUGGGGCUGCUCCGACAGCUCGCCGUUCAGCACCCUUCUCGGUUCUGUCAUCUCUGAGAUGCCUCACCGGCUCAGGAGUCUGUGAGGCCGGGUUCCCAGCAUCCUCCUGCCUCCCCUGCCUCCAAGGCUCAGGAGACUAGAACGGGAGCAAGGACUCAAUGGAGACCUUACAGACAUUCCUUUCCCCCUGUUUUCCAGCUGCUUUCUCCCUCCUCCCCCCAGAACUUAAUCUAAGGGUCCCCCACUGAAGUACAGGCCUUGGACAUAGUAUUGCAACCACCUCUCACCUGGGCAGAUGGCUUCAGUCCCCGGCCGUAGCCUCACAGGCUCUGGAAGAAAACCAACUUGCAGAUGGGCGGUCAGAUGUCCAUGAUUGUGGCAUUUUGCAGAAAAACUGAGCAUAUCCCCUCAGGUCAGAAGGGACAAGCCACGUAGAUGCCUCUGGGGACAUACAGCCCCUCAAAUUUUGAGCCAAAACCUGGGCAGUGUUUUUUAAAUGAAGACUUUUCCUUUCCUUAAUCACAGAAAUGGUAUACAUUCAUUGCAGAUAAAUACAGACGUGUGUGUAAAGUUGUUUUUAAUCACUCAUACUUGCACCAUCCAGAGACUGCCGAUGGUGAUGUGGUAUACGUUCCUCUCAAUGGUUUUCUGUGUGUACUCAUGUAGCAUUUUCAAAAACAAAUAUGAGGUCAUAUUGUACUCUCAUAACUUACUUUUUCCAUUUAAGAAAAUAUGGGCUUACCAUGUCAGUAAAUGUCCACCUCUGCCUACCAUCAUGUUGACUAGUCAUUUGUACAUCUGUGCUGUAAUUUGUUUAAAUGAUCCACUGUUAGACUGCCUCCGGUUUCUUGUAAAUCAUGAGAUGUAAGCUGACUGUCCACACUUUCCCAUCAUUUCCUCGUGCUGGUGAGCCAUGGGCUCUCGGGGGAUGUGUCCCCGGGCUCCGCUUCCUGACGUGGCGCCUGGGAGCGGCGGAGCCCCUCGUCCUCCUGCCCGGCAGUUCCUGACACUGGGUAUUUAUUAUCUUAAAUGAACAUGUUGCUACUGUAAUAGGAGGAAAAAUAGUUUCGUUUUAAUUUGUGCUUAUUUCUAAUGAGUAUUUUACAUACUUGUCAUUUGUGUUUCUUUUUUGAGAAUUGCCAAACAUUGUUCCUCCAGUGGCCAAAAAUAUAGUUGUUUCUCUGCCUUUUCAGCUUGAUUUGAAAGAAAUAAAUGCAUUUAAGCAGUGACAA